AUGUCUUUGAUCAGACAGAAGAACUUAGCCUUGCUUAAUCUCUCACACAACAAUUUGUCUGGCUCAAUACCUGUAGCACUGGGUGAUCUAAAAUUUCUCGCCCUGUUAGAUCUCUCUUACAAUCAUCUGUAUGGAGAAAUACCAAGCAGUGGGGUAUUUGAGAAUGCUGCAUCUGUCUCACUCAGUGACAACUCCGGGCUUUGUGGUGGAGCUGUAGAUCUAAAGAUGCAGCCAUGCCCUCAUGUGUCCAGGAGAAGAUUAACACAAUACUACAUGAUUAGAAUACUCAUUCCCAUAUUUGGAUUCAUGUCACUCAUCUUGUUGAUCUAUUUUCUUCUUACUGGGAUGAGGAAAGCAAGAGAAUCAUUGCCGUUGCAAGAUUUUACCGGUGAACAAUUCCCCAAAGUAUCCUACAAUGAUUUAGCUGAAGCCACACAAAACUUCUCUGAAUCUAAUCUGCUUGGCAGAGGAAGCUAUGGUUCAGUAUACAGAGGACACAUCUUGAAAAAUAAAAUUGAACUGGCUGUUAAGGUGCUUGAUCUUGAUAUGAGAGGUGCAGAGAAAAGUUUUUUCUCAGAAUGUGAAGCGCUGAGAAGAAUUCAACAUCGUAAUCUUGUGCCGAUCAUAACUGCAUGCUCUACUGUAGAUAGCGACGGCAAUGUUUUCAAAGCUCUAGUUUAUGAAUUCAUGCGUAACGGCAAUCUGGACACAUGGUUACACAACAACCUGGAAGUGAAAUCUCCAAAACAUCUGAACUUAACUCAAAGACUAAGCAUAGCUGUUAACAUAGCUGAUGCAUUGGAUUAUUUACACCAUGACAGUGGAAGUCCUAUUGUUCAUUGUGAUGUCAAGCCCAGUAACAUACUAAUAGACGAUGACAUGACUGCUCAUUUGGGUGACUUUGGCAUUGCAAGCUUCUAUCUUAAUUCUCAGUUGAUGACAUCAACAGAUUCAACUACUUCAGCCGGGAUCAAGGGAACUAUUGGGUACAUUGCUCCAGAAUAUGCUGGAGGUGCUCGUGUAUCGACUAGCGGGGAUGUUUACAGUUUCGGAAUUGUGCUUUUAGAAAUAUUGACGGGGAAAAGACCUACUGACCCAAUGUUUGAGAAUGGAGCCAACCUUGUUGAUUUCAUAGAUAAGAGCUUCCCAGAUCAGAUAUCGGAUAUUAUUGAUGCCCCCAUCCAAGAAAUGUGCAAAGUAACCACUCAAGGAAGAAUGGACGACAUAGACACUGCUGUUCAUCGAUGUGUUCUAUCUAUGCUACAGGUUGCACUUUCUUGUACGUGCCAAUUACCAAAAGACCGGAUGGACAUGAGAGAAGUAGCAAGCAAGAUGCAUGCUAUAAAUAUGUCCAGCAUCAAAGGAAAAUAA